AUGAAGAUACCAAUUUAAAUUAUUUAGAAUUAUUUAACUUAGCAAAAGGCUUGUAUCAUGCUUACUGUAGAAGAUGCUAAGACUUAAAGGUAUCAUUUUAAUAUACCUGAUGCAACUUAGAGAUACCAAAAGGAGCAUUAUUUAAACUUUGUUAAAGGUUCAAGAUUCUUUUUAACUGAGUUAUCACCAGAAAAUAUAAAUGGAUUACUAGGGUUGAUGUGCACAAUGAGUGCAUAAGAUAGGAGUGAAGACACUUGCUUGUAUGGAGCUGGUAUAACUUAAUUUUUAGAAAGCACACGCUAUCUUAUGCAAUUAAAUAUGAAUCUUCAAAGCUGUUAUGACUUUUAAACAAAAUAAACAUUAUUAGGAUUUCAAAAUGGGCAAGAUUUAGUUAAACAUUUUGUGUCUGAUUCUUCUUAUUGCCCUCAAAAAUAAUAUAAAUUUAAUAAAUUUAUCUAAGAAAAUAACUUAAAAGCUAACGAUUCAGCAAGAUACAUAAAUGAUUAAAACGAAUACAAAGAUGAAUUUGUAACUAUUUAGCCAUUAAUAAUGCAAAAUCAAUAGGGUAAAAUGAAUAUCAGUUACAUAAUAACUACUAAGCAAAUAGCAGGCAAAGUAAUUAAAGAAAAGCUAAAUGAGUUUAAUGUUCCACCAAAAUUAACUGGAUAGUUAUUGAAAGAUGGCUAAAUCACUCUUCCUGAUGGUAAAGUUGUUAAUGUUAAAGAUGUUAAGGAAGAAGAUAUUGAUCCUCAAAUAAUAAUUAUUUCUGAUAUAUCUGAUUAUUCAAUUCUUAACUAGCUGAUAUCUUAAGAAAAGAUAAAAUAAUUAAUUGGAAAAAACAUUUCAGCAUUAGUUACAAUUGCAUAACCUGAUAUAAUAGAAAACGAUCUUUAUUAAAAUAAUUUCUUAAACUCUUUAAAGCCUGUCUAACACUUAAUUGUGAAUAGCGAAUAUAAAUAUCAUUUAGAAUAAUAAGAAGUAGAAGUUUUAGAAAAAACGCAUAAUGAAAGAGUUCAUCAUGUAAAUGAGCUCAAUAAAUACUUCCCUCUUCAUUUCCCUAAUUUGUAAAUUGAAAAUUUGACAUCGCGCUUUAAAUCAGGAGAAACUUCCAAAUACUUUUAAGGUAAAUAAAAUGAGUUUUUGGGGACUCCAUUAAAAGAGCUGAUUAUUUAUCCUUUUAAUAAGCCUUAUAGCUUGCUUAAUUAAACUAAAUAAAAGGUCAGCAAAAAGAAAGAAGUUUCAGAUGAUUUUAUUAAAAAUUUCGAAAAGUUAACUUUAGAAUAAGAAUAAACAAAUUUAAAUGAAUAAAAUUAAUAAAGCAAUUCCAAGAUAGUUUUCCUUGGGACGGGAAGCAUGAUCCCACUACCUUCAAGAACGGUAUCAGCAAUACUAAUAGAAAACAAUAAGAACAAUAUACUUUUAGAUUGCGGAGAAGGUACAUAUUCACAGAUUUUAUACUAAUAUGGAGUAGAAAAGAGCAAACAAAUAAUUAAAGAUACAAAAUUCAUUUUUAUAUCUCACAUCCACUUAGAUCAUUGUCUUGGUUUAUUCUAUUUUCUUUUUAAAAGGGAUUAAAUUAUCUAGGAAUAAUCUAAAGAAUAUAAUAAUCAAAAUGACGUUUACAUUCUUUUGUCUUCGAACUUGUUACCUUUAGUUAGGUCUUUUGAUAAAUACUCCUAUAGAUUUUCUAAAAACAACAAAUUCAUAAUAACUAAUGAUUAUAACAUAGAAGAAUAAAAACUUUAGGAACUUAUAAAUCAUGCUAACAAUAGCGAAGAUUUUGAUGAUAAUGAUCAGCUGAUUGGUGAUACUUUAUCUUUAUCUCCAUAUGAACACCCAAAAGAAUAGUAAAUUCUUAGAAACUACUUUAGUAAUUCCUCAUAGUACCUAAAGGAAUUCAAAGAAAAAAUGAAAGAUUUUAUUCAAAUCAAUGAUUUGCAAGUUUGUGAAGUAAUACACUGUGGAUAAUCCUAUGGGAUAUCAUUAAAUUUAAUUUGGGGAGAAAGGAACUUUAAGAUUAGUUAUAGUGGCGAUACUCGUCCCUGCUCAAAAUUCGAAGAAAUUUCUAAAAACUCUGAUGUAUUCAUACACGAAUGUACUUUUUCUGAUGACUUAUAAAAAAAUGCUGAAGAAAACAACCAUGCGACUUUAUCAGAAGCUAUUAAUAGUUGCAAAAAUUCCUCAUCUAAAAUGCUUGUCUUAACUCAUUUCUCUCAGAGAUAUUCUUAAAUUGAAGUAGAAUAGUUUAAAGGUGAUAAAGAUUUUUUAAAAAAUCACACAAUAGUUGCUAAUGAUCACUUUUAAGCACCUUUCUAUGAAUAUACUUUUGAUAGUUAUUUGCCUCAGAUAACCUAACAAGCAUAAAAGAUAUUUUCUAAAGAAGAAUAAAAUUGA